AUGAACGUCACACGGCCUUCCUGCCACCAAACAGAGAGCUUCAAGGCGGCACCAGGCAUGAACCCAGUCUAUACCGAGGAUCCAAAACGUCAUGGCGAGACGCGCCUACCUGGCUUCGCAUGGCUACCCAAUAGGGCCCGUCAUCUCUUGAUCGCAUGUCUGGGUGAAUUUGUCGGCACUUUUCUGUUCCUCUUCUUUGCCUUCACAGCGACACAAGUUGCCAACAAUCUCCUGGGUGGGGGGCCCAUGGACAUCGAGUCGCUCAUGUACAUCUCCCUGGCUUUUGGCUUCUCACUCGCAGUCAAUGUUUGGAUUUUCUUUCGCGUCAGUGGAGGCUUAUUCAACCCGGCUGUAGGUGAUACGUCGCUAUGA